UAGAGACACAGACAUUUCAUAUUUUACUGAGACUUUUAUAGGUUAAAGAUGCUUCAGUCUUCUUCUGAGCGAGUGGAGAUGGUGGUGGAGAUCUAUGAAAGUGCAGAUGGUGUUAGAGGUCAUGACCCUGAUACAGAGAAGGAAAGUGCUGGUGCAGAGAGACGUCUAGAAGCACAACGUACAGGAGGCGACACUGCAUGGAGCAGGUGUUACAGACUGACUGUAGUGUGUGUGGUGCUGCUGUGUGUUCUCCUGCUGACUGCCGUCACACUGCUGUGGAUCAAAUACAACAACCUGUAUACAGAGAGAGACCAGUUACAGACCCAGUACAAUAACACCCUGCCUAUAGAAAGAGACCAGUUACAGACCAGUUACAACACCCUGACUAAAGAGAGAGACCAGUUACAGACCAGAUACAACACCCUGACUAAUGAGAAAAACCAGUUACAGACCAGUUACAACACCCUGACUAAUGAGAAAAACCAGUUACAGACCAGAUACAACACCCUGACUAAUGAGAAAAACCAGUUACAGACCAGUUACGACACCCUGACUAAUGAGAGAGACCAGUUACUGAGGGAGAGAGAUGGACACCUGAGGACAUUUUGUGAUUUGUAUAACUGGACAAGUUUUAACUCCAGUGUUUACUUCAUGUCUACUGAGAAGAAGAAGAGCUGGACUGAGAGCAGACAGGACUGCAGGGAAAAAGGAGCAGACCUGCUGAUCAUAAACAGCACAGAGGAACAGGAGUUCAUCAGUAAACAGCUGGACGGCUCUGUGUAUUGGAUUGGUCUGAGUGACAGAGAUACAGAGGGAGAGUGGAAAUGGGUGGACGGUAAACCACUGACCACUGAGUAA